AUGUCGAUCACUCACAUUGUCAUGUUCCAAUUCAAAGCGGAGGUCAGCCCCGAAGUAAUCAAAGAUGUGUGCUCUCGGAUGCUCGCUUUGAAAGAUAAUUGUAUACACCCCACCUCACAAAAGCCAUACAUCCAGGCCGCAUCGGGCGGACAGGAUAAUUCGCCCGAAGGCAUCCAAAACGGCAUCACCCACGCUUUCGUGGUGCAUUUUGCGAGUGCUGAAGAUCGUGAUUACUAUGUGUCCAAGGAUCCAGCUCACCUGGCAUUUGUCAAAAGUCUGGAUGGUAUCAUCGAGAAGGCGCAGGCGGUUGACUUUAUCGAUCGUGUCUAUUGA